CUUAUCAAGAACAACACAGCUGGCAUAAUUACAUGGAACAAAAAUAGCACGAGAACAAUCAAACAAACAAUGGUCCUCUUCCCCUCCAAAAUACACAUACUAUUAGUUCAUAGUAUCACAAAUUUCGUGGGUUUUCGCUUUUAUUACAAGCAGUAUUUUGGAUCGGAUUUUAUAGCUGAUUGAUUGAUUGACUGACCCCAAAUUUAGGAUUUUUAAUUGGGUUUGGUGAACUUUGAAAGAAACUGCAAGAACAACUACAACUACUGCUACAAAAACAGUUUCUGGGAUUUUGGAGAGAGAAAGAUAGCCUCAGAUCUGGGUAAUAAAUCUUGUUGGACUUUAAUUUUUUCAACUAAGUUUUUGCAGUUCAUCUUUAUAGCUAUUGAGAUUGGUCAACUUUUGUGGUUCUUGGUGAUUUACGCUUCUGGGUAUCUGGAAUUAGGUGAUUGCCUUUGUUUCUAAGGGAUCAUGUGAAGAGAGAGAGAAAGGGAUAGAGAGAAAGGCCGAGACCGAGGUGGGGUGUGCUUCUGGUUGAGGGUUUGGAUAAUCAGAUUGAUCACAAUGGGGAAAAGGGAUUGGGUCGAUGACAUAGCACGAGCAAUGAGUUUGCGGUUAUUUGUAAUGGGUACUCUAUUCAUUAGUGAAGUGAAGAUUCUUAUUUCUAGUAGAUUACUAGGCUAAGCAGAUACAGUUUUAGGUUUCUUACGAGCUUAUAUUGUGAUGAAGACGGAGGAUUCUUCUUUGAUAGGAGACGAUAGCUCCUAUUGUGAGAAUCCGGUAGUGAACUUGGUAGUGGUGAAGGAGCCCUUGUGUGAAAAAGAGAACAACCGAGAACCUAAUUCAUCUAGAGGGUUAGCUGAAAUUGAUAGUUGUUGUGCUUCUAGUGAUAACAUUGAUCAAGAAAGCGGAGAGGAAGGUUUAUAUUCAAGUUCUCAGUCUGUGACUAGUGAUAGAAGUAGCAGCAUCAAUGGUGAAGAAUUUUUGGCAUCCGAGCCUAAUUCUUUGCCCCAGUCACCUGCUUCAGUGGAUCUGGAUAAGGGUAUUCAAGAAUCUGAAGUCACAAUUGCUUCCAGCAAAUUGGAAUUAAAAUCUGGGCUGGAGCCUAUUGGAGAUGUAUUGGCAGUGGCAGAGGAUCUUGAUGUGGAGGGUAAUGAUUUACGCAAUUCAACCUUGUUGCCUGGAGAUGAAGUAAAUCACGAAAAGAUAGUCAGAACAAUGAGUAGCCAGUGUGCUUUUGACAUGGAAUCUGUGCCCCUUUGGGGGUUUACAUCUAUCUGUGGUAGAAGGCUGGAGAUGGAAGAUGCACUUGCAGUUGUGCCGUGUUUCCAGAGAUUUCCUGCUAAAAUGUUGAUGGGUGAAAAUACAGUGAAUGGUAUAACUGAAAGUAUAAGCCAAGUUGCGCACUUCUAUGGUGUAUAUGAUGGACAUGGGGGCUGUCAGGUUGCCAAUUAUUGUCGGGAUCGUUUGCAUUUAGCAUUGGCAGAGGAAAUUGAAGUUGUAAAAGAGAGCUUCCUGAGUGGAGGAUCUGGGGAGGAUUUGCAACAGCAAUGGGAGAAGGCUUUCUCUCGUUGUUUUUUGAAAGUGGAUGCUGAGGUUGGGGGAGUCAAGCAAGGGCCUGAGGCUAGUGUAGAACCUGUUGCUCCUGAAACUGUUGGGUCAACGGCUGUUGUAGCAAUUGUUUGCCCAACCCAUAUCAUAGUUUCUAAUUGUGGAGAUUCCAGGGCUGUUCUUUGUCGUGGGAAAGCACCCAUGCCAUUGUCUGUAGAUCAUAAACCUGAUCGAAAAGAUGAGUGGGAUAGGAUAGAAGCUGCAGAUGGCAAGGUUAUACAGUGGAAUGGCUACCGUGUCUUUGGUGUUCUUGCUAUGUCAAGAUCAAUCGGUGAUCGUUACUUGAAACCAUGGAUUAUACCAGACCCAGAAGUGACAAUAGUUCAGCGGGCUAAGGAUGAUGAUUGCCUUAUUCUUGCCAGUGAUGGUUUAUGGGAUGUCCUGAGCAAUGAAGAAGCCUGCGAUGCGGCACGAAGGAGAAUUCUGCUUUGGCAUAAAAAGAAUGGCACUAAUAUCAUUUCGGAUAGAGGCAAGGGCGUUGAUUUGGCUGCUCAAGCUGCGGCAGAUUACCUCUCCAAGCUUGCUCUCCAGAAAGGAAGCAAAGACAACAUUACCGUCAUUGUGGUUGACUUGAAACCUUAUAGGAAAUUCAAAACUAAAACAUGAAACAUUUCAAAGGUUCACCUUUAUUUUGGCAAAAUGUUAAUUCUUUUUCUUUUCUUUUUUUAUAUUUUUAUUUUUUUUCUAUAAUUUUUUUUGCUUCUUUUGACCUGUAGUUUGUAUGAGGUAGAAAUAUCUGUCAGCUCUCAGAAGCAUCACAUAAUCUUGGAUUGUAACAUAUAUUUGUAAGCCCAUCUUUUUAAAAUGGGCUGAUUUGGAGCUCAAGAACAUGUAUAGUAUAUUUCAGAUAGAGCUAGCAAGAAUAUCCUAGUUUCUGUUGGUAUAAGUUCUAACUAAGAACAACUUUAUGAACAGUUUCUCUAAGAAAAGCUCUUUCCAUGCAAA